AGUCUUCCUGCAAACAUGUUUACAUAUAAACCUCUGUAGUGUCGUGUAGGUGUAUAAAGUUUUAUGUGGUCCAUUAGAUCCGGUUAAGUUCUUCCUUAUAACUUCCACCCGUGAAGCUCUAAGCAGAAUAAGCUCAACACCGGAUGGAUUCUCUUUCUUUUAUGUUUAUAGUUGUUAAUUCACUUCUCUUUACCUCUCAAUUCUCAAGUGCAACUGAUACUCUUACUUCAACCCAAUCUCUUGCUGAUGGCAGCACCUUGAUUUCCACACAUGGAAGUUUUGAACUUGGUUUCUUUAGUCCUGGUAGUUCCAGGAAUCGUUACUUAGGAAUUUGGUACAAAAAUAUCCCAGUUAGAACCGUUGUUUGGGUUGCAAAUCGUCGCGCUCCAACAAAAAAUUCCACUGCUCUGCUGAUGAUAGACAUCAAAGGAAAUCUUGUACUAAAGGAUGGGGGCAGCGUUGUUUGGUCAACAAACUCAAAAAGAGAAGUCCAAACUCCACUUUUACAGCUCCUGGAUUCUGGGAAUCUUGUUUUAACUAAUGCAAGUGAUGGCCAUUCUGGAAUCUACUUGUGGCAGAGUUUUGAUUAUCCAACUGAUACGUUGCUACCAGGGAUGAAGCUCGGAGUGAACUUGAAGACAGGACUUGAUCGGCGUCUCACAUCAUGGAAAAACUGGGAUGAUCCAUCACCAGGGGACUUUGUUUGGAAGAUCCUCGUAUAUAAUAAUCCUGAGUCUACCAUGUGGAAAGGCUCGAAGUUCUACUUUCGGACAGGCCCAUGGAACGGCAUUACAUACAGCGGUACACCGCAAUUAAAGCCUAACCAGCUUUUUAGUUUCAACUUUGUUCAUAGUGAUGACGAGGUUUACUAUGCAUACUACCCCAAAAAUAAAUCUGUAAUUUCAAGGAUAGUAAUGAACCAAACCAACUAUUGGCGUGAGCGCUACAUAUGGGAGGAAGCAUCACAGUCCUGGAGCCUGUACACGUAUCUGCCAACAGAUUACUGUGACACUUACGGCCUUUGCGGUGCUUAUGGAAAUUGCAUCAUUACUGACUCGCCAGUUUGCCAGUGUCUGAAAGGAUUUAAUCCUAAAUCGCCUGACAAGUGGAAUUCUGGGGAUUGGUCUCAAGGCUGUGUCCGCAAUAAGUCGUUAAAUUGCCAGGAUGGAGAUGGAUUUAUCAAAUUCACAGAAUUAAAAUUGCCUGAUACUAAAUAUUCUUGGGUAAAUAAGAGUAUGAGCCUGGAGGAAUGUAGGGGAAAAUGUUUAAACAACUGUAACUGCACUGCUUACUCAGUCUUUGAUAUUAGAAAUGGAGGCAGUGGCUGUGCUCUUUGGUUUAACGAUUUGAUCGACAUUAGACAAAUUCCCUCUGGUGGACAGGAUCUCUAUAUUCGGAUGUCUGCUUCUGAAUUAGCUCGCCUUGAGACUGUGAAAGAUGAACCUGACGAGAAGAUAGUGGCGAUUGUCAUCCCUGCCGUUGUUUUAGCUUUUGCAUUUUUCGGAGUCUGCUAUUACUUUUGCCAGAGAAGAAUAAUAAAGCUGAAAGAUGAAAAUGAAAUUGAUGGAAGCGAUCAGAGCUCAGAGGAAGAUUUGGACCUCCCAUUGUUUGACCUUGUCACAAUAUCACAUGCAACCAACAAAUUUUCACUCAGCAAUAGGCUAGGACGAGGUGGUUUUGGACCUGUGUACAAGGGAAUACUAGCAGAUGGACAUGAGAUUGCUGUUAAGAGGCUAUCAAGUAAUUCAGGACAAGGAUUAAAAGAGUUCAAAAAUGAAGUCAAAUUAAUUGCAAGACUCCAGCACCGAAAUCUAGUAAAACUUCUCGGUAGCUGCAUCCAAGGAAAUGAGAGAAUGUUAAUUUACGAAUACAUGCCCAACAAAAGUCUGGACUUCUUCAUUUUUGAUCGAACUGGUGGAAAACUAUUAGACUGGUCAAAUCGUUUCAACAUUGUGUGUGGAAUAGCAAGAGGACUCCUUUACCUUCAUCAAGAUUCAAGACUAAGGAUCAUACAUAGAGAUCUCAAAGCAAGUAAUGUAUUGCUUGAUGCUGAUAUGAACCCAAAAAUUUCAGAUUUUGGCAUGGCUAAAACUUUCAGGGAAGACCAGACUGAAGGAAACACAAAAAGGGUGGUAGGAACAUAUGGUUAUAUGGCACCAGAGUAUGCGACUGACGGGCUAUUCUCAGUGAAAUCAGAUGUAUUUAGCUUUGGAAUUCUAAUUCUAGAGAUAAUAAGUGGGCAAAAAAGUCGCGGAUUUUAUCAUCCAAACCAUAGUCUUAACCUUAUUGGAUAUGCAUGGAGAUUGUGGAAAGAAGGAAGUCCCUUGGAGUUGGCUGCUCCAAUUAUCUUGGACUCGUGCCAUGUAUCAGAAGUGAUUCGUUGCAUACAUAUAAGCCUCUUAUGCGUGCAACAGCAUGCUGAGGACAGGCCAAGUAUGGCAUAUGUGGUUUUAAUGCUAGGCAGUGAAACUGCAGUACUGCCUCAGCCUAAAGAACCUGAUUUUUGCAAGGACAAAGGUUCAACUGAAGCAGAAUCUUCAUCAAGCAAUCAAGUUUCUUUGUCAACAAAUGAAAUUAGUCUCUCAGUGUUGGAGGCUCGAUAGAAUGAAGGGUAAUUUAAGAUUGGCUUGUACUAACUUUCCUGCAGUAUUGUCCUACAGCAGUUGUGUUUUUCUCUGAACCUGAAGAUCUGGAUUUCUGGAAAUCAACUGAAAUUUAAUUUUUUUGUAUUUUGCUUUAGUUAGUAGAAAGUUAGUAGAACAGGAACUUGAUUGUAGUGAAAAAAUCAGCAGCUACUUUUGUGG